UACUUGCCAUACGCAGCUAACUUAACGCUGUGUGGUUGUGUGUGAUUUUUUCAGCAGCGCCGCGACGUUCGACGCAGUAGAAGUUUAAACUAAUUUUAAGUGCAUAAAAGAAUUAAACGAACAUAAAAAACGAUGGCGUUGCGGGUUCUUAAUGUAACGCAGAAUAUGCGUACCUUUGUGCGUGGUGUUGACCUCAUCAAGCGCUACAAAUCGGCUGCUACGCUGCAAAAGACGCUGUUGAACAUACCCGCCACCCAGGUGACCAAGUUGGACAAUGGACUGCGCGUUGCUAGCGAAGAUUCUGGCGCUUCCACCGCUACUGUUGGUCUCUGGAUCGAUGCUGGUUCGCGUUCCGAGAACGAGAAGAAUAAUGGCGUAGCGCACUUCUUGGAGCACAUGGCCUUCAAGGGCACUGCCAAGCGCUCGCAGACCGAUCUUGAGCUGGAGGUUGAGAACUUGGGUGCACAUCUAAAUGCGUACACGUCGCGGGAACAGACCGUGUUCUAUGCCAAGUGUCUGUCGAAGGAUGUGCCAAAAGCAGUCGAGAUUUUGGCCGACAUUAUUCAGAACUCUAAACUGGGCGAGGCUGAGAUUUCACGUGAACGAUCCGUCAUCUUGCGCGAAAUGCAGGAGGUUGAGAGCAAUCUGCAGGAGGUGGUCUUCGAUCAUUUGCAUGCCACCGCCUUCCAGGGCACACCCUUGGGCCAGACCAUUUUGGGACCCACCAAGAACAUUCAAUCUAUUGGCAAAUCCGAUUUGACCGACUAUAUCCAGAACCAUUACAAGGCCUCGCGCAUUGUAUUGGCUGGCGCCGGCGGUGUUAAACACAACGAGCUAGUCAAACUGGCCGAUCAGAACCUGGGCCGUUUGGAGGCCAGCGUGUUGCCAGCUGAAGUAACACCAUGCCGCUUUACCGGCUCUGAGGUGCGUGUGCGCGAUGAUUCACUGCCCUUGGCCCAUGUGGCCAUUGCUGUCGAGGGCUGCGGCUGGACCGAUCAAGAUAACAUCCCAUUAAUGGUGGCCAAUACUUUGGUUGGUGCCUGGGAUCGUUCGCAGGGUGGUGGCGCUAACAAUGCCUCCAACUUGGCACGUGCCAGUGCCGAGGACAAUCUGUGCCACAGCUUCCAGUCCUUUAACACCUGCUACAAGGACACCGGUCUGUGGGGCAUUUACUUUGUGUGCGACCCUCUACAGUGCGAGGACAUGCUCUUCAAUGUGCAAACCGAAUGGAUGCGUCUGUGCACCAUGGUCACCGAGGCUGAGGUUGAGCGCGCCAAGAACCUAUUGAAGACAAACAUGCUCUUGCAAUUGGACGGCACCACGCCCAUCUGUGAGGACAUUGGCCGCCAAAUUCUGUGCUACAAUCGCCGCAUCCCAUUGCAUGAGUUGGAGCAGCGCAUCGAUGCCGUCAACGUACAGAAUGUCCGUGACGUUGCCAUGAAGUAUAUCUAUGACAGAUGUCCCGCCGUUGCCGCUGUCGGUCCCGUCGAGAAUCUGCCCGAAUACAACAGAAUUCGCUCCUCCAUGUACUGGUUGAGGGUUUAAGUAGAUCAGAACGCCACACGCUCGCGGCCUGUUGUUUGACGUGUAGUUUAAUUUUGAAGAAAUUUAAAUGCAAAAAGAUCAGUUAAAACCAAAAUAAAUAAAAAUGAUACAACAUAUAAUAUGAACCACUAA